GCGCGCGCUCUGACAGUUGACAGCGAGGCCGGUGCCAUUGGAUUUGUUAUGUAUCUUAAGAAAGGGGGCGUGGCCUCGCCGGGUAUCACGUGCACGGUUUCCCCGCCCCCUCCAGUUAUAAGGCAUUGACAGACGCGUUCGGCGACUUACAAUUUUCAUGCUCAGCACCGCGUGCAGGGGCCAGGCACGGCUAUCGCGCGCUCGCUCAGCUCCAGGUGGCUCCCAUGGCAGGAGCAGCAGCAACUGGAGGGAAUCCCCGCGCACAGCCGACAUACGUGACAGGAGCUCGCGGCUCCGCCGGCCGCCCAGAGCAGGGAAUCCCCGGAGCACCAUGACCUGCAUCCCGGCCAGCUCGCACUGACUGCGGACACUGAGCACUGCACUGCCAGCCCGGACUGCGCUUCCACGGCACCCGCUCCGUGUGUGUCUCGGGGGCUGCUCUACAGCUCCAUAUUAUAUACAUAGGGUUUUAUUACUCUAUACUCUGUGUGGAUCUCUAGUGCGAUCUCUCCUCGCUGCGGUCUGGGGACCCACCCGGGACAGGCUCUGCCGGCCGUCACUGCUUAAUGAGGUAUGUGGCACCUCCACCCCGGCUGCACACACAGAGAUAGAGUGGGGGUGCAGUGGUAUAUAAGCUGAAUGGGGACUGGUUCUGUAAUCACAAUGGCUUUAUUUAUGUGGGAGCAUGCUUGGUGCAGGUUUGUUUUAAGAAAUAAUUUUAAUCCCUAGAAUCCCCAGCUCGCCCUAUGUAACGCUUUGUGCUUAGUGACCCCUGACACUGAAUGCCUGCUUUACCUGUAGCUAACAUAACUUGCCAUGGGAGAUGUAGCAUAGUUUUGUGUUCUAAAAACUGCUGUAAAGUUGCAAACUUGUAACAAUUGCCAAUUAAACUGUACCUGUCAUUCCUUUUCAUUUGGUUCCCAUUUUUUAUUUUGGUGAUUGCUCCAUUUAUAGAACUUUGCAGCACUUUUUUCGAUCAGGGUACUACUUUGAAAUCUCUCCCCCUGGUGUACUGUGUCAUGAUCGCUCUCCUUCAGGAAGGGGUGUAGUAGUGGGCAGUUAUAAAACCUGCAGCAGCGUAUAGUGAUAUUUUAUGAUAUAUGUGUGUGAGUAUAAGAAGAUCGCUACAAGAAGCGGAAUAGUAGUCGCAAUGAAUAUGGGCCUGAGGAGAAGUAAAGGAUUUGUAACCCCCUCCCAUGCCCAGCCUAGCUGCAUGCUUUAAUGACAGGUCCUCUCAGCUUUGCAAAUCCUUCUCCCUGCCUCCCAUACAGCACUCCCUGUCAGGAUCUGCCCCUAUAGUAGGUAGUGCGGUGCCCGCCUGCCGCCAUGUGACUGUGUGUGUCUGUGCCCAGGCAGCCGCCCAGUGACUGUGACAUGGCUCUCAGCGGGACCUUGCUGCCAUCCAUCUCCACCUUCACAGCGGGGACCCCCGGCAAAGACAAAGUCCUGAGACAGGCAAGUGCUGGCAACGUGAGUAUCCUGAGGAUGUGCAGGGAGGAGCACAUUACUAGCACACCGCACACACAGCCAUACCUUUAUAACACUAUCUACCCCGUAUAUCCACAGGUAACAUCCAGCACUGCUCACCUGUACACAUGCAGGUACUGUCUGUAGGGAGUAUGAAACCUGUGCGUACACAUGAUUUACAGGCCACUCUAGCUAUGGGCUCAUGGCUGUUUAACUCUUUAUUUUAUCAGUCCAUACACUAACAUACCAUAUAUGCGAACUGAACGCAGAACACCCUAUUUGCUUUUCCGAAUGCAUGUGGCAAGCCUGGUCUUAAUCGUGUGUAACAUACGCGACAUACACUGUUUUCAUUUAGUAUAACAAUCUGCAUUUGUUUGCAUUUCUUUCCAUUAUUUUAGUUAGAGCUUUUGCAAACUCGAACCCGGUCUUCUUUGUCUGUUUGCUUUUUCAAGAAGUAUUAUUACAGUGUAGACCCUGUAUACACUGUGUUCUUAAGCUGUCUACAGCUGUACAGACACAAAAUGUGUGCAUAUUCAUUUAGGGUGUGACACUUAUGUUUAUGUAUUAUUUUAGUCUGUGUGAUCCUGUUUCUUUAGUUGUGGGGGUUUUUUGUUUGUAGAUCUCUCUACAAGAUGUCCUGAUCAAAAUUAUAUAUAUAUAUAUUUAUUAAAAAAAACACAAACAAACUUUUGACUCUAAUAUAAAACUACUGUAAUGGCCAGUUAUUAAUUACUACACGUCUUGGUGCUGAAACUGAAAGCAAAGCCGUCUAAACUGCUUACUGGCAUAUCACACUUUGCAUUUGGAAUACUUGUGCAAAGAGUUAAAAAAAAAAAAAAAUGCACUGUGCACAAAUUAGAAUUCUUCAUUUGGAUUUUUAAAGCUACUUUGAAGUUAAUAACUUUCUCUCAGUAGUUUCCCCAGUAAGCUGCAAGAAGUGCACAACAAACAUGAAAAGAAAUAGGCUAAAGUGACAGCUGGAAAAUGUAGAUCCAAGACAAGGAAGAUAUAUUUUUCAAAAUAUACUAUAAUGAAGCUUGUUUACUAAACAAGCUUCAUAUCACAGUAAAGAAAGUCCCCCUACCAUAACCUCAGUUUAAUACGCCAAUCAAAUAUGCGGAUAUACUCUGGGCUGAACGUUUGGCAUCAGUGGAUGUUCUUGCAAUGCUAUAUUUUUAAAAGGUAUGCGUCUUGUUUUCCUAAAUUUAGGAUAAUCUGUAUUUAAGUUAAAUUAUAAACCCCUAAUUUUUAAUACUGGGAAGGUAAUAAACUGCUGUUACUGCAUCUCAAGUAAUGUGACUAUCUGAAUUUAUUACUAAAGUAGUUAUCUUCUGUCUUCUACUAUUGAUAAACUUUUCUCCACCUGUUGUAUCUAGCAAUGGUGGGUACUUGGGACUAAUUCCAGGGGGGGUGCUCUUAGUUCAUGGUUUCUUACAAAGUUAGAUGUAGUUGGAAUUAAGUUGUUGCUAUUACAGAUGUUCCAUAUGUUGAAUGGAAAUGCCAGUGACUGAGGUGUUUGGUUUAAUAAUUCUUGCUAGCUGUUAAUGGUGUGACAAUUUUGAGAUGCCACAAUCGAAUACUUGUAAUAAAAAUUAAAGUUGAAUAGGAAUCAUAUAUAUACCACUGCUGCUGAGAUGCAUGGGGUGUAUCGGUGCAAGCAUGAAGCACAAACUUUGUUACGUAUUUGGUUCAGAUUUGCAGUGAAUACAAACAUCUUAGCUUGCUUUACACGGCCAUCUUUUUCCGCAUACUGACAGUUGUUUAUUUUUCAAUGCGCUGCUAUUCAGUCUUUGCCUUGUUACUCAUACCCUUGUGAUAGUGCUAUGAUGACAAAUGAAAGGGGCUCUGUUUGGGCUUUAUCAUAGAAGCCCAUUUGCAAGACAUGGCAAGCACAAACUUCAAAAUAUUAGGUAUCAGAUUUUUUUUCUUAUAUAUGCAAUGCAUACAAUAUACAUUUUAAAAAUACUUUAUUUUUAGCUUUAAAUGUUUUGGGUUUUCUCUUUUUCCCAGACACUUUACAGUACUCUGAACUAUCACUUAACUUGUUGCUAUGGAAUUAUCCCAAACACCACACUCUGCUUUGUCCCCCUAAGGGAUUUUUUUUCAUGUCUGCAAAUAUGAAGCAAAGAUGCAUUUUAUAAUUUGUGUAUAUGUAUGUGUUUGCUCUCCAGCAUUUUGUUGACUAACAAUUCUAAAGCUCUAAUCAUGAUCUAUACAAGUGAUUGAACACCCUUUCCCUUUAAAAAGUUGAACAAUUUGGCAGCAGUCAAAAUAAAAUGCAUAGCGAUUCCACUUUUAUUUUAAACCAUUCAGAAGGUUUUCAUGGAACUUAUUUUCAAGCAAGACUUCCAUAUUUCUUCAAGUAGGUCAAAUAAUUUUACUGGCAACUAAAAACAGAGCUGGAGAACUAUUUCAAAGGCUAAUAACAUCAUAGAAUUUAAGGCUAGUCACACUACUCUGUAUCUUUCAAGGCAGCAACAAAUCUUAAUUGGUUCAAUCCAUUGUGUUAAGGGUUUUUUGUUUAUUUCUUUUUUUUAAUCUUCCUGAAACAUUUUCUUGUUUUCCUUACAGAAGUGGAGGGAAGAACUGUCCCACAUGAAGAGGCACCCUGUACUAAACCAGUCUCGCCCCUUUGAGGGUUUGGAGGGAGAAUCCCAAAUUUUUCUUUCUCGUCGAGAGCAUGAAGAAUUUAAUGAACUUCUAGACUUUGAUUUUAUACUGUCAAACUCCUUAAUCCAGCAAGAAGCUCUGGUGGCUUCUUCAUCAUCAUCCUCUUCUGCUACCUCCUCUUCCCCUCCACCAGCAGCUCCUCUCGCAGACUCUCUGGUUGCGAUCCCAUCACCUUCCAGUUGCAACUUCACUUACCAGUUACGUUGUGCUCCAGAACCUUCUGGGGCUAGCACCCUCAUGUACUCUGCCAGGGAAUCUACAGUGCCCACCACCACUUUUAACCUGGCGGAUAUAAAUGAUGUUUCGCCUUCCGGUGGAUUUGUGGCUGAGCUAAUGAGACCAGAUUUGGAUCCAGUAUAUUUACAACAGCCACAAGCUAGCCUACAAGGUAAAUUUGUGCUGAAGACUGCUUUGGAAAUUGGUGAUUAUGGCCAAUCCAUCAGUGUUAGAAAGAGCAGUUCUGACAUGGACAACACAAUGGUUUAUAGUAGCCACCAGAUGCCCACAAUGUGCCAAAAAAUCAAGCAGGAACACUCAUCUUGUACGGUAGCAUGCCCCAUGGAUGGGCAAGUCCAACAGUCACAAGGGCAGCAUGAUUUCCAAGUAGGAAGGGUGCUGUCAAGCAGGACUAACCAACCUUUGUCACAAGAGGAGCUGAUGGUCAGAGAUUGUCAUGCACCUCAGACAUUAAAUCAUCAGACACUGCCAAUAUCUUCAGGCUACCACACCUCUGCCAGUUUCUCCCACUUCUCGUCAGAUCAGCAGCAGCCACAGCUGCCUCCAUCUCAACUUCAGUAUCAAGGUCAGUCUUAUCUAAGUAUUUUUGAAGAUCACUUAAACAUGCAACAUUUGAAACAAGAAGUGAUGCUGACUCCACCCUCUUCACCCCUAGAGCUUUUAACCCCUGUGGGCUGCAUGCCAGAAGAAACUAAGCCUAAGAGAGGACGAAAGUCUUGGCCUAGGAAAAGGACAGCAACUCACACUUGUGAAUAUGCUGGCUGUGGAAAGACCUAUACCAAGAGCUCUCAUCUGAAAGCCCAUUUGCGAACACACACAGGUAAGACAAAUCUUUUUAUACGUGGAGUAGUUUUAGACUACUUUAGCCUGUGCUGAAUUUUGUGCUCUUACCAGUAUGGAGCUAAAAGCUAUUUUUAAUAUCAAAUGAUAGUUUAGAAGGUUUCAAGACCUUUUAAUUUGUUAUAACCGCACUGUAUUUUAUGAAAAUGAAGCUUUUUUUUUUUUGUGAAACAUUUGUGAACACUGAGCCAUAUUUCCUACUGAAGUCUAUUUUUAAUUUGGGUUUUGUGGUUGAAUGUUGGCAAAACUCUAGGCAUGGUACAGAAAGAAACAAAAUGAGCAAAUUCAAUUUAAGUUUUUUUUUUUUUUUUCCUUAAAUGGCAUAAAAUGACCUUAUGUUACAACUAGUCUCUGUUGUUCAACAAAUUCAUUAUCAAUCAAAACAUCUGUAAGAUGCUAAACUAUAUAUUACAUCUCUCUAUAUUUGGUUAGUUUGAUUUUCAAUAUAGUAAGUCGUCUUUUGGUUUUUGUUUUCAAAACAAACAGUAUAUGACCAAUGCAAUCAUAUUCUCAUAUAACAUACUAAUGUCACUUCCAAAAUAUUCUACCCUGGUUUGUGUAUAAUAUAUUAAUGUGUAUACAAUUAUAUUGUAGGCAUAUCGGUCACAUUAAGGAUAAUGUGAGAUUUUAAAACAGAUCACCUAAACACAAUUUGCGGACAAAGAGUACAGCUUUCACAUUUGACCUGUGCUUCAUUCAUUUAUAAAAUACUUAAAGCGGCACUGUCACCACCCAGAAGACCAGUGACUGCUGCAGAGAGAUUAGCUGUCAUGAGUGCAGAAAAUGACUUGCCAAAAGAUGGCACCCACACAGGGCAGGUCAGGGAAAUCUCACCUUUCCCUGGUGCCCACACCACUGGCAGUGAUGUCACUGUUUGGUCUUUGCAAGGUCUCUAGACUGACGGUGCUGCUUUAAAUGUAGCGCACAUCUUUAAUAUGUUUAAUGAAAAAUAAAGCAAGACUUUGAUUGCUAUAACUUUGUGGACUUCUUGGUUAAAACAAAUGUCUAGCAUCUCUAAUGCUGUCUGUGCAGCAAAAGCUGCACAAUAACAAAUUAAGUUGUAUGUUAGCGAACAGGUGCAAAAAAGCCUGAAAUUGGUGACCACUAAAGCACACUCAUCCAUUCCCCAAAUUUUCUUAUUUAAUGGCUGUUUGGUAUUUUAUUUUCUUUCUUACCUUUUGCUACUUUUUGACACUUUCAAGUGGAAAAAUUCAUUUCACAAGAUGAGGUGUGGUUGUCUGUGGAUGUUGGCAAAGUAUAGAACAUGUCAAGAGCACACCUGAUUCAUAUUUUGAAUAGUAAAAUGUAGUUGCAGUAAACAAUGAAGGUAAAAUAACUUUGAUCCUUUUCAGACACUACCACACAAACCCUAAGGGCCAAGUACAUGACAAUAGCAAAAACUCUCACAUGGCAUUGGGCACUCUAAUGUUAAGAACACUUCUUGACUAUUUAAGUACUUCUGCUUUUGACUAUAAACCCCAAAUCCACUGUCUAGCCACUGCUUAACUUGCGCACAUUGUUUUGUCUUUUAAAGUGACAGGCUCAUCGUGUUUUGCAUAAACUGGGAAGGGUGGGGGCGGGUGGCUGGAAAUCCAUAUUUGUGCACCUUCCUAAGUCAUGCAAUAUUUUGUCUCAUUAGGCAUAACUGCUCAAUAUAAAUCUUGAUUUUUAUAUUUGUAGUUAAUGCUUAUAUCUGUAGAACCCUGAAUCUAGGCAAUGCCUUUUUUGAUCACGGCAAAUAAAACUAACUCUACAACAUAUAACUGCUCAACUUUCCUUUGUAACGUUUGCAGUCAUUGCAAAGACCUUGCGAUUUGUUUCUCUUGAUAUAUAGAUAUAGGUUUUUUGUUUUGUUUUUCCAAGACUUAGUUCAGAGUGGCUUUUUGAAUGUAUAGUCUACUUUUGUUUUUGGCAUACGAAGAAACAGUAAACCACUGACAAAUGCUUUAUUUUUAAUGUUAAAAUAAUGACCAGAAAAAGGUGUGCCUUAAUUUUAAUGUCAUGAUCCCAUUUCAUAUCAAAAUAUUAAUUUAGACUGGCUUCAAAAUCACUCUUAACAUGAGCUUUGGUGUUUGGGUUUUUUUUUUUUUUUUCAGAGCCUAAAAAGUUUGUAGAUGGGCUGCAAAUUAAGUCAAAUAUGACUAUUUUCUUAUAUUUUGGUUCUGUUGCCACAUAGUAAAUUUUCAAUUGACUCAAGCAGUUCAUAGAAAUAAGAUUUUAGAAUUUGAAAUGAGGAAAAUGUAAAUUUCAACUGUAUUUGUUGGACUUUAAAUGUUAAAUUUGCUUUCUUGAGGAUUAAACUUGGUAUAGUCAACAUAGUUAAAUGAAUACUAACCUUAUGUAUACUUUCCUGUUCUCAUUUUUAUAGGCGAAAAGCCAUACCAUUGUGACUGGGAAGGUUGCGGAUGGAAAUUUGCUCGAUCUGAUGAACUAACACGUCAUUACCGGAAACAUACAGGUCAUCGACCUUUUCAGUGUCAAAGGUGUGACAGAGCUUUCUCUAGGUCAGACCACCUUGCCUUACACAUGAAAAGGCACUUUUGAGAUAUGGGAUUAAUGUAAUCUUGCGCAAUACUGCCACAGGAAUUUCAGUAUUCGGCGUAGCUACAUCAGAGGACGGCAAGCACUACAGUUAAUCAAAUUGUAUGAACUGGAACUUCAGCAAUUUGAGAAAUUGUCAUCCAUAAAUAUGUAACCGAAAAAAAAACUUGAAUUGACAAGACCUCAGAAAAUUGGGUUUUGACUGGAUUUUAAAACAUUCCAUUUUUUCUUCUAGCUAAAACAGACUUGAAUCUUCACAGCUUACAUCUCCAAGAACACACUAAAAGAUUUCAAAGUAGUUUUACAAGGGAUGUUGGAAAUUGCAGGUUUGCAACAUCCCUCAAGUCUUAAGAGGGAUAAAGGCAACAGGGACAACUGCAUUUUUUUUUUUGAUUCAAUGCAAAAUGACUGGAAAUAUAUAUACUCAAAGUAUAUUUGUAGCUACGAAGUCAAAAAAGAUUAAAUGUAGACACAGAAAUGUUUGAAGGAAAGGCUAUAAAAUCAAUUAGCUAUUGGUGCUUACUGGUUGAUGCUUCUAAUGGUACCAAAGAAAAAUGAAGCCAAAGUUCUCAAACUGCUGCAUAUUUGACAAGGAAUCUUUGUCUUCCGAUAUUUUUUUGUUUUUAAGAAUUAUGACCAAAGUCAGGUGUAAAUACCUGAUUUAUUAAUGUAAAUGCAGACAGUAUGUGAAGCACUGUGGUUUCUAUGUGCAAUAAUUUUGUACUAUGGUCUCUUUCCACAUAUGCCUUAUACAGAACAAAUUUUUCUAUAUAGGACUUUACAUAAUAAAGUAUGUAAUAUAAAUUUAAGUAAACUUCUAUUUUGUAUAUUUGUAAAGUAUGAAGUAAACUGAACAUUUUGUUGACACUUGUAUUUUACAUAUUCAAUAAGUUUUAAAUAAACCUAUAAUAUUUUAUUUGGGGUACUAGUCUGUCUCCAAAUGUGUUAAUUUUUGUUUUGUUAAUGGAGAGUUUCCACACUUUACACUUUUUUUGCUAUAAAAAUGUUAGUGUAGAUAACCUCAAGAUGCAUAAUAUAAGCAUGCAAUGAUGUAGUGGGGUGGGUAGAUGAGAUAGGAAACUAGACCUGAAGUAUCUGUCUUGAUAAGAAAUAACUAAAAAUAUUGGUAACAUUUAAAAUUCAGUUCAAGAACUGGAAAAUGGAAGCUUGGAAGGCCACAUUUAAAGGGAUAGAUCCAAAUUACAUGGGAGAUAUUGGAAUAAGGAGCAUGGAGUUAGAGGUAGGGUUUCCAAAUGUAUACCUCUAUCCUGCAACUUGGCUCCUUGUCAAAGUUCUCUGUUCCUAAAAGUUGGCUUAUCAUAAAAUGCCAGCUCAAGCAGGUUUUUAGCUUAUAUCUGUAUUGUCUACAGUUUGCAAAUUCACAUGUAUAGCAAAGGACAAAUUGGAGGUGAUGAAAAUGAAGAAAUGCUGAUGGGGAUAUGUUGACGAGAAGAGGGCUUGAACAUCCUAGUUUUGCAUGGUCAGGUGACUGGGAAGAUCUGAUCUCCUUUCUGACGUGCACCAUCUGAAAUGAACCUUAAUGUACAGCUUGCCUGGUCUUAAAAACCAUAUGCACACAAUAGUUUCAUGAAAUAAUCCAAAGUGUCAUCUCUCUAUUGAUGCAGUCACAUGCCAGGCAUUAAGGGAUGCAUCACCAAUAAUGUAAGCACUUAAAAUAAAAAUGAUGGCACCACAAGAGUGAGGUAAGUAAAUGUCACCUAUAUCACAUUGUUUUACAGACUACCUAAAGCUGCCCUUGCCCACCCACCUGACUUGUUCAUUUAAGCAAUAAAUGUUAAUGCCACCAAUGGCUUCACUAAAUGUAUAAACUAGCACAAUUUUUUUUUUUUUUGUGUGUGAACCUGCUGUCUGUAAACUCAUCCAAAAAAU